AUGAGCCCCUGCUUAAAGCCCGCUGACCCGAUAAUCCCUCCUCUUCUUCCUCGCCAAAGUCACCUUGACCUCGGCCCGUUUAACUCCUUCACGUCUGCUCGGAUUCGCGGCCGUCGGCGUCAGAGUCAGAGUCAGAGGUCCUUCUGUUCCACGGGGCAUCGAGGACCACGGACGAGCGAGGACCAGGACGAGCGAGAACCGGGACGAGCGAGGACCGGGACGAGCGAGGACCGGGACGAGCGAGGACCAGGACGAGCGUGGACCGGGACGAGCGAGGACCGGGAUGAGCGAGGACCGGGACGAGCGAGGACCGGGACGAGCGAGGACCGGGACGAGCGAGGACCAGGACGAGCGUGGACCGGGACGAGCGAGGACCGGGACGAGCGAGGACCGGGACGAGCGAGGACCGGGACGAGCGAGGACCGGGACGAGCGAGGACGGGACGAGGACCGGACGAGCGAGGACCGGGACGAGCGAGGACCGGGACGAGCGAGGACCGGGACGAGCGUGGACCGGGACGAGCGAGGACCGGGACGAGCGUGGACCGGGACGAGCGAGGACCGGGACGAGCGAGGACCGGGACGAGCGUGGACCGGGACGAGCGAGGACCGGGACGAGCGUGGACCGGGACGAGCGAGGACCGGGACAAGCGAGGACCAGGACGAGCGAGAACCGGGACGAGCGAGGACCGGGAUGAGCGAGGACCAGGACGAGCGAGGACCAGGACGAGCGUGGACCGGGACGAGCGAGGACCGGGACGAGCGAGGACCGGGACGAGCGAGGACCGGGACGAGCGUGGACCGGGACGAGCGAGGACCGGGACGAGCGAGGAAUUGGACGAGCGAGGACCGGGACGAGCGUGGACCGGGACGAGCGAGGACCGGGACGAGCGAGGACCGGGACGAGCGAGGACCGGGACGAGCGUGGACCGGGACGAGCGUGGACCGGGACGAGCGAGGACCGGGACGAGCGAGGACCGGGACGAGCGAGGAAUUGGACGAGCGAGGACCGGGACGAGCGUGGACCGGGACGAGCGUGGACCGGGACGAGCGAGGACCGGGACGAGCGAGGAAUUGGACGAGCGAGGAAUUGGACGAGCGAAGACCGGGACGAGCGUGGACCGGGACGAGCGAGGACCGGGACGAGCGAGGACCGGGACGAGCGAGGACCAGGACGAGCGUGGACCGGGACGAGCGAGGACCGGGAUGA